CCAUCAAGGCCCAUAGGAAGGUUCUAAACAAUGUCUAAGAGCGUCCUCAAACCAAACCAGUAACCACAAAACCGACUAUGGGCCUAAAGCCCUAGAAGAUACUGGAACAUUACUACAUAAAUUCCCAACCCAUUCCCUCCUUUCCUCCUAGGAAAAAUUUAGCGGCUAUAACUUAUCAACAAAGCAAAAUAUUAAAUCUUCACGCCUAUUUGCAUUUACGAAGCUCGAAUUCAAUCACUGUCCAAAGCAAAAGCGAAAGAAAGAUGUCUCUGAUUCCUAGCUUCUUCGGUGGCCGACGAAGCACCGUCUUCGAUCCUUUCUCUCUCGACAUUUGGGACCCCUUCAAGGAUUUUCCUUCCUCCUUGCUCUCUGCAAGUUUCCCAGAGUUUUCUAGGGAAAAUUCUGCCUUCUUGAGCACCAGAAUUGAUUGGAAGGAGACCCCAGAAGCCCAUGUGUUCAAGGCCGAUGUUCCAGGGCUCAGGAAAGAAGAAGUGAAGGUGGAGGUUGAAGAUGAUCGGGUGCUCCAGAUCAGCGGUGAGAAGAAUGUGGAGAAGGAAGACAAGAACGAUACUUGGCAUCGGGUAGAGCGCAGCAGCGGGAAGUUCUUGAGGAGGUUUAGGCUUCCAGAGAAUGCCAAGUUGGAUCAGAUUAGAGCUGCCAUGGAGAAUGGGGUUCUGACUGUCACUGUUCCUAAAGAGGAGGUCAAAAAGCCCGACGUCAAGUCCAUUGAAAUCUCUGGUUAAAACUUUGUCCGCUUUGAUUAACUGAGAGUGGUCUACAGGGUAUAUUGUGGGACUGCAAAUACGAUAGCGUUUUGUAAUUUUUUGGUACAUGGUAGCGUUUUGUAAUUGUUUGUGGUUCAUUGUUCUUUUUUGUAUAGAUGGUGUUUGUGGUAAUGUCAAGCUCUACUUCUUUUCCCA